UGGUAGUGCCAGGGACUGAAUCCAGUUCUCCUCAAGCCCAAUCCUCUGGCCACAGGACCAUCCGCCCUCCCCUCACACUGGGGAAGCUUCUGGCCAACAACACAAAACUCUGUUAUUUAAAAACACAGCCCUGUAGACGGGUCCCUUUCACUCUACCCGCGCUAGGCAUGAGGGCACCAGCCAGCUGCCGCUGGCACAACAUGAGACCAGGCCGCCCCUAUGGGAAUCGAGCCCGGAACCAGUUUCCUUGGCUACUGUUUCCCAGACGGAAAGUUGAGGAGACGGACCCACGCCAGGAGGGGGAGCGCUUAGAGGCGAGGACACGCCGCUCGCUGGGCUGCCGCGAUGUGGAGCCGCGUCUCUGCCGUCGGGAGCCGCACGCGCGGCGCCUGUCGCUGCCGCCCCCGCCCCCGCCCCCUCGCCCUCGCCUCCCCCCGGGGCGCCCCGGAGCAGGGCUCGGGCAGUAAAACACAAAAGUGCUUUAGCACCAGCACUGGGUUCUACAACAAGGAAGAUGAAUCUGCCACUUCUACAGACAGUAGUGCUGAGAAGGCUUCAGAGAAUCAGGAGAAGACAACACCAGGAAUUGCAAAGAAGAAUUUGUUGAACAUUAUUAGUGAAAUGAAAGUAGAAUUAAGUUCAAAGAAGAAGUUCCAGAUACUAAAAACACUGAAGACCAAGGAGCAAACCAAGGACCAGCCAGAAAGUAUGGAGAGUGCAAGUAGCAUGUUCCAGAAAGCUACAGCAGACAGUAAAGUUAAGAGGAGCAAGCUUCUCAAUCCAGAAUUGGUGGAAGCUGCUUCUGCUGUUGCAUCUUCCUUACCUUUUGACAGGAAACGGACAGUAUCAGAUUUACUUGCACAACUAAGGAAGCAUGAAGAAGCCACUGAUGCAGAGAAAAGAGGGGAAACGACUAACAUAAGCAACGUUAUUGCAGACAUGAAGAUUGGGAAACGCCGUCUCACCCGUGGUGUAUCCAGGCCAUCCAGUCAAAUUUCAUUUGAUGAUGAUGAUGAUGGACGAGGUGACAUGUUUCAAAGAGGUAUCCUGUCUGAAUUUGCUGGAAGUAAAAGAAGAGGGCUUCACCUAGGAAGGAGGCUUAACAUUUUCCCUGUUUCUCCCACUGUUACAGAAGGGACACCUGAAGCAGAGUCUUCACCUACGCUCUGGGAUCUGGAACUUGCUAAUCAGAUUGCAGCAGUAAAUCAAAAGCCACCUCGGAAUGGUUUUGAAGAGAUGAUCCAGUGGACAAAGGAGGGAAAACUGUGGGAGUUCCCUAUUAAUAAUGAAGCGGGUAUUGAAGAUGAUGUUGAAUUUCAUGAACAUAUCUUUCUGGAUAAAUACCUAGAAGACUUUCCCAAGCAAGGACCUAUUCGCCACUUCAUGGAACUAGUGACCUGCGGGCUUUCCAAAAAUCCAUAUCUAAGUGUUAAACAAAAAGCUGAGCAUAUUGAGUGGUUCCGGAAUUACUUCCAGGAAAAGGAGGAACUUCUUAAAGAGAUUAAUGAUCAUGAGAAAGAAACAGACCUUAGUCUUGAAAGGAGGAGUCUAUCAAAGUAACAAGUGAUCACUUAAAAAAAAAAAAAAACAAUUAUAGCAUUGUGUCACUGCAUAGUAAAACAUUAACACCUGAUUUGAAAGAUGUAAUUGUGUGAACUUCUUAAAAAAAAAGAAAAAAAAAAGAAAAAAAAAAAAGCUAAAAUUUGCUACUCUUCUGUUCAUUUUUAUACACAAAAUCGAGGGAAUGGUCUGCAGCUCAUAGAUUGUACAUAGCAAAAAUGUUAUUAAUUCUGCAGUACAAAUUCCCUGAUUGACUAUUUAAUUCAUUUUAAGCCUAUCCAAAAUAACCAGUAAGUAGAUUUCUCAGAAUGGUCUUUAUUUUACUGGUUUCUGCUACAUACAUUUUGGAAUUUGAUACUGUCACAGAAUCUAGAGAUAAAAAAAGGCCAGUAAUGUAGUCUACUCCAGCUCCCUGCCAAUUCAGGAUUAUUCCCUGUUGCAUAUUAAUGUUUUAUGUGGUUUAUUUUUAAAUACGCUAAUUGCUGGUGGGUGAUUCCACUGUUUCCCUUGAGAGACUGUGUUCAGUGGCCUAACCUGGUUUACUAUCAAGAAGUUGUUUGAUUUUUUUUUUAAACCUUCUUUCCUCUCCAAUAUUCCCUCCCCUCUGCUCUCUGCAGCACUUUAGUAUUUUAAAAUAUUUUACACACAUAAUGGUAAUGUUCAUGUGGUAUAUUGUCAAACAGCCUCUCCCGCCCUUAAUUGCAGGGUUACUUCAAACAUCCCAAAUUCGAACAGCUUCAAACACCUGACAUUUAAAAAAAAAAAAUAAAAUAAAAUAAAAUUCAGCCUGCCACAAAAAUGCCCUGGAACAUGUAAUUUAAUCCCCACAAUCAUACUGCAUCAGAGCUGGCAGUAUUCAAUCCUGCUCCAGUAUCUGGAUGAAGUUCUGUUUAUCUCCUGCCCUGAAGGGUUAGAAAUGGGAGGUUCAGAUCUUAUCAAGAGGCACAGAGUUCUAUUACUUUCUUGUUUUAUAACCUUGUCUUCUGCUUUGUUGUACGAUAUUCUGUGAUGCUCAGAUGUUCAUGAAAUAAAUUCCAUGUUUUCUCUUGGAGGA